UCCUUCUUCAUCACAACCACACGGGCGCGCACAAUUUCUUGAGUCUUCGUAGUCAUUUUCAUUUAUCAUUUCUAUCGUUCACAACCUACCUCAGUGUCUUGAGCCCAAAAGCCUUCCAUACGACAACCAUGGACACCAAGAUUGGAUCUCUUGAUGCAUGCAAGCCAGCCUGCAACGAUGUCGGCUGCCUGCCAAACGGCAACGUUUCUGUCAUCCAGGACUCUGCUCUUCCGAUCACCCCCUGUGAGGCCACACUGGGUCGCCACCUGGCUCGUCGGCUCGUGCAGGUUGGUGUCACUGAUGUCUUCUCCGUUCCCGGUGACUUCAACCUCACACUCCUCGACCAUCUGAUCGCCGAGCCAGAGCUUAACGUCAUUGGAUGCUGCAACGAGCUCAACGCUGGUUAUGCCGCCGAUGGCUAUGCUCGCUCCCGUGGCGUUGGUGCUUGCGUCGUUACUUUCACCGUUGGUGGCCUUAGUGUUCUCAACGCCAUUGCCGGUGCUUACAGUGAGAACCUGCCGCUUAUUUGCAUCGUUGGUGGUCCCAACUCCAAUGAUCAUGGGACCAAUCGGAUCCUUCACCACACUAUUGGGUUACCCGAUUUCAGCCAGGAACUUAGGUGUUUCCAGAAUCUUACGUGCUACCAGGCCGUGGUCAAUCACUUGGAAGAUGCUCACGAGCAGAUUGAUACGGCGAUCUCAACUUCUUUGAAAGAAAGCAAACCUGUAUAUAUAAGCAUAAGCUGUAACUUGAGUGCGAUUCCUCAUCCCACUUUCAGUCGCGAGCCCGUUCCAUUUUCUCUGUCCCCGAGAUUGAGUAAUAAGAUGGGCUUGGAGGCAGCAGUGGAAGCAGCUGCAGGAUUCCUUAACAAAGCAGUAAAACCAGUACUAGUAGGAGGGCCAAAACUGAGAGUGGCUAAUGCAAGUGAAGCCUUUGUUGAACUAGCCGAUGCUUGUGGCUAUGCAUUUGCUGUAAUGCCAGCAGCAAAGGGAUUAGUACCUGAACAUCACCCACAUUUCAUUGGAACUUACUGGGGUGCUGUGAGCACAGCUUUCUGUGCUGAGAUUGUUGAAUCUGCUGAUGCAUACUUGUUUGCUGGACCCAUUUUCAAUGAUUACAGCUCUGUUGGGUACUCGCUUCUUCUCAAGAAGGACAAGGCUAUCAUUCUUCAGCCGGAUCGGGUUAUCAUAGGAAACGGGCCUGCAUUCGGGUGUGUGCUGAUGAAGGAUUUCCUCAGGGAACUUGCCAAGCGGAUCAAACACAAUCAUGCUUCAUAUGAAAACUAUGACAGGAUAUUUGUUCCUGAUGGGAAACCUUUGAGGGGAGAACCUAAAGAACCUUUGAGGGUGAAUAUUCUGUUCGAACAUAUUCAAAAUAUGUUGUCCGGUGAAACAGCUGUUAUUGCCGAAACUGGGGACUCAUGGUUUAACUGCCAAAAGCUGAAACUACCAAAGGGCUGCGGGUAUGAGUUCCAAAUGCAGUAUGGAUCGAUAGGAUGGUCUGUUGGUGCCACUCUCGGCUAUGCACAAGCUGUUCCUGAGAAACGAGUCAUUGCUUGCAUCGGUGAUGGAAGCUUUCAGAUGACUGCACAAGAGGUAUCUACAAUGCUGAGACAGGGGCAGAAUGCCAUAAUCUUCCUGAUAAACAAUGGCGGAUACACAAUUGAAGUUGAAAUCCAUGACGGACCGUACAAUGUGAUAAAGAACUGGAACUACACUGGGUUUGUUGAAGCCAUUCGCAAUGGUGAAGGAAAAUGCUGGACCGCCAAGGUAUUUUGUGAAAAGGAGCUGAUCGAAGCGAUUAACACGGCAACAGGUCCCAAGAAGGAUAGCUUGUGCUUUAUUGAGGUAAUAGUGCACAAGGACGAUACUAGCAAAGAGUUGCUUGAAUGGGGCUCUAGGGUUAGUGCUGCUAAUAGCCGUCCUCCUAACCCCCAAUAAAUUUAAAGCCAUUGCUGCGUUACUGGAAUGCUAUUUAAUUAUUUACCUUAAGAGAUUUUGAGUUUAUUUCUUGUAAUUUUUAUGUUAUUGGAUUUUUAAUUUCUUUCAAUCAUAGGGCCAGGGACUCUCGAUUCAAUGAAAUAUUUUAAUAUUAUGCAUUGGAGAUCA